CGCAUGCUCAGACAUCCUCUUUAAGGCGAGGAGGACGCGUCACUGUAAAGCCUUUGGGUGACCUUCAGAGGCUGCGCCGAGUGCCCCUCCAGAGCCCGCGAUCAUGUUCUGUGUGAGGCGGAGAGCAGCCCUUCUCCCCUGGAGUCGAGUGCAGGCAGCAGUUUGCAAUGCAACUGGAAAUCGUGGGGCUCGUGGAUUUGCGACCAAGGUGGAAGCGAAUAAGGACAAGAGCAUCUUAAUCACAGGAUGUGACUCUGGAUUUGGGUUCGCGAUAGCCAAGCACAUGCAUGAACAAGGGUUUAGGGUAUUUGCAGGAUGUCUGCUGAAGGAUAAAGGUGGAGAAGGAACAAAGAACCUAGAGGGCAUGGGAAGUGACCGGAUGACUGUCGUCCAGUUAGAUGUCUGCAAAGAUGAGGAGGUAGCACAAGCGGUGGAGUUUGUGGGAGAACAUUUAAAGGAUCGAGAGAAAGGUCUUUGGGGAAUAAUCAACAAUGCUGGCAUCUCAACCUUUGGGGAGGUGGAGUUCACCACCUUAAAAACGUACAAAGAUGUUGCAGAAGUGAACCUGUGGGGAACCAUCCGUGUGACCAAGGGAUUCCUGCCAUAUGUCCGCAGAGCAAAGGGUCGUGUGGUGAACAUCACAAGUAUGUUGGGGCGGAUGGCUAAUCCUGCGCGCUCCCCCUACUGCGUCACCAAGUUUGGCGUGGAGGGCUUCUCGGACUGCUUACGUUAUGAAAUGCAUCGCUGGGGUGUUAAAGUUAGCCUCGUUGAGCCUGGCAAUUUCAUAUCCGCAACCAGCCUAUACAGUCCAGAGAGCAUCAAAAAAAUCGCAGACAAAAUGUGGGAUGAACUUCCGGACAUUGUCCGUCAGGAUUAUGGGAAGGAGUACUUUGAUGCACAAGUGGCAAAAAUGAGAUCAUAUUGUAACACUGAUGUGUCUGAUUUAUCGCCUGUCAUUAAUAGUAUCUCUCAUGCACUGACCGCUGAAACCCCAUUCACCCGCUACCAUCCUAUGGAUUACUACUGGUGGAUCAGGAUGCAGAUCAUGACCCAUCUACCGGCUGCUAUUUCUGACCGGAUAUACAUACACUGAAGUGCUAGAAUACAAUCUCUGAUUUUUUUAAAAAAAGCUGUACCCUCUGAUUUGAUGAAAGUCUUCCCUCUCUGCUGGCUGAUGUUUAUGUAGUUUUAACCCAGAUCACAAGAUAGGUUUGGAUUUAGAAGGCUCCUCUGCUCAUUUCAUCUCAUCCUUCCAGAAUAGCGAAUCUACCAUUUUCCCAUUCUAGCAUCAAUGCGUUUCUUAAAUUAGUUCAAUGGCUCUUAGUAAUCCAUUACUGCUAGCUGUUGGUUACUCUCUGUGAGGGCUCAUAGUAAAACAAAACCUAACUCAGAUUGGCCACAAUAUAAGUGUGAAAAACUGAAGCUGUUACACUGGUUCAAUACAUAAUGCUAUUUUGAGAUGUGCCCCAGGGGGUGGGGUUGCAUUUAUCCACGUUAUGCCUGAUCGGAGAAUGCUUGAUGCUGACAAAGACUACCUGAAAUGGGGAAAUGUGUCAAUUCCCAGCGCUGAUAUCCCUUGCUGUGAUGAACACACAACUAAAAAUUGAAGAGCACAGUUUUUUUUAAUUAAU